CACGCGAACCGCGAGCGCGACGCCGGCCACGAGGGCCGACGCCGCCGCGGAACCCUACCCAAAGCGGACCCGCCGACGAGCCGUCGGAGAUGCUGCUGGAGGAGCUGCUCCGCUGCCAGAUCCAGCAGUGGUACCCGUUGUUCCGGCGCCACACGGUCCCCACCGCCAUCAUCCCGCUCCCGCCCGCCUUCCUCCGCUACCUCGCCGGCCGGCCCGCCUACCCCGACGGCGCGGACGAGGGCGAGCAGGGGCCGCCGCUCCCCUUCGUCCUCCCGACGCUCACCUCCGGCCGCGCCCCCUUCCCGCCGCUCCAGGGCCACUUCCCGGACCCCGUCUCCCUCCUCGACCGCGACAACACCGACCCACUCUUCGACUCCGACUCCGACGACGAGGGCCCGCCCCCGCCCGCGUUCCCGGAGCUCGAGGCCGCGGUGGACUCCGCCAUCGCCGACCUCGGCGGCGCCGCGCUCCCCAAGCUCAACUGGAGCGCGCCCAAAGACGCCGUCUUCAUGGCCGCCGACGGCACCGUCCGCUGCACCUGCUUCGCCGAGGUCGCCAUGCUGCUCCGCGCCUCCGACUGCGUCGCCCACGACCUCGUCUCCGCGCGCCCCUCCUGCCAGGACUUCGUGCGCGCCAAGCCUGUUCGACGGAAUGCCACACAAGGCAGUCGUGAGACCAUCAAUGGUGCAGGUGUUCUGAGUGAUCACAGUGAUGUGAUUGAUGGGCAGGAAGAGGAUGAUGGACAAGUAUGCAGUGAUGAUGAGACUUGGGUGGACGACGGGUUCCAGUACUACCUCGCCCUCCGCAAGUGGUACUCAGGCCUCCGCCCCGAGUCAGAGUUCCGUUGCUUUGUGCGGGGGCGGAAGCUGGUCGGCGUGUCGCAGAGGGACCCGUCUGCCUACUACCCUUCGCUGCCUGGGUGGAGUGCUGAGGUGCAGCCCAAGAUCGAGGACUUCUUCGAAGAUGUCGUGGAGCCACAAUUUGCUUCAGAGAAUUAUACGUUUGAUGUGUACGUGAGAGCCGAUGGUCGGGUGAAGCUGAUUGACUUCAAUCCAUGGGGUGGCUAUACCUUGCCGCUGCUGUUCACAUGGGAGGAGCUUGAGGAGGAGCAGAGAGGAGAGGAAGAGCUGGAGUUUCGAGUGGUGAUGCAGCAGGGUGCAGUGAGGCCAGGGUUAAUGACAGCAAUACCGUAUGAUAUGCUGGAUUGGGGGGAAGGUAGUGGCUGGGAUGUUUUUCUUAAGAAGGCUGGCAAUGAACUCGACAGACAGAUGGCAUCAUUAGGUGUCGAUUCGUAGUCAUGCCCUGCCCUACAACAAGGUGCUUGAGGACUCCGCUCCAGUAGGUGAACAACUGAAGUGAUGGCUCUUGGUAAUGUUCCAUCUGUCAAACACUAGAAGUAACAGCUUUCUUCAGAUUCUGAUGCAACUUCACGAUACCAGGCUGUUCUCUUUUCUCUUGACUUUUGUAAUGCUAGGUUGCUAGUGUUGAAUUACCUCAUGUUGCUUUAUGUCAGUUACUUAUAUCUUAAGAUAUUUACAGAAACAUGUCUGCAGUGCAAGUUUGUGGGUCAUGGCUUAAUUUCAAUGGUUCUCUUAUCUCUUGAACAUGAAUACACCCCCUAUAUUUCUUUGUUGUUUCA